AUGACCCUUCGCCGGCUUCCUCGUACCUACAAGAUGGAGCUCACCGUCCCCGCCGACGGCAAGCUUCAUGAAGUCGUCGGCCGGACUUUGGAGGAGCAAACAACGCACCAACUCAAGCUCGUCACAAAGCUCCUGGUCGGUCCCAAUGGUUCUUUGCCUGACUUGCCUGCUGAUUCACCCCCAAACCUUGCAUUCUGGGACAAUCUUCGACAGAAAUUCGUGACUGCUGGGGUCCGUCAGGGUGACUCUGGCAACUCGAAUUCCAGAGCAGAUUCCAGCAAGGUCAAGAACCUCAACGCGAACCAGACCAACGUUACUCUGGAAACGCUGUUGAAGGUGGUGCCUGUUGGGCACGAGAUCAUCGCCCACUUGUGGCUCAUCGACACUGUAGCCGUUGGUAAGUUGGCAUCAGCUUCGAUGGGCUGCUACGAAGCCGUUGCGAUUCAUGUGUCCAAAUUCGACCUCCCUGCGGGCGAGUAUCGGGACUGCGACUGGCUUCCGGAACAAUUGGCUCGCAUGGAUGAUGACUGGCGCGCCAACAUUAACAUCCGUGGCAUCGGCCGUAAUCUCUUCGUUCGCGGCAGAGCCCUCAAUACUAACCCGUAUGCUAAGUAUCACAUCAAGGAUGCUCCCGCCUUUUGGUCUAGCCCCCAGAACCGCGAUCACUUGCGAGCUAUUUCGGAAACACUGUGUGAGGACAAUUCCAGCCUCAUCGAGGACUUUGCUCGCUUUCACCGCGAUGAGAAAAAGCUCACUGCAAUUGAAACUGUUUGGAGGCGUGGUCAUGAGAAGAUGGGCUUGGCUCCUAUCGCCGAGGAUGCGGACAAGCGCGGCAACAUCUACUUAGCUGAGAUGAGCUACAACAUUCCCAUGCUACGGUCUCUGUCCCAGUAUGGAGGAGCACUCACCUCUCUGCAGCUGCAUGAAGUCCCCAUGAUGGACCUCCGCAUUCUUGAGCUGAUCCUUUCGGCUUGCCCUGCGCUCGAGAUUCUGGGAAUCGAUAAGUGCGAGCUUCUUCAUGUCGCGGACAUCAAUCCGAUCCUCGACAUCGCCUUCCGACGCGCCAAGAAGACUGGUAAGAAGCUGAGGAAGCUUCAGUUCUACCCUCGUUCUUACACCGAGCCGGCCCACAACCGCACUGGCACCCACGUUCUCUCAUGGAACCCAUUGAAGACCAACGUCGAGACAGGCCUCCUCAUCACAGUCUUCUGGGCCAUUCUGAGGGCCGUUCCCAUGGGCAUUGACCUCGUGUCCAAAGGACAGCCUUUCCGCCAGUUCCUCGAUCUCGUGCCGAUGAGGCCCGGUCAAGUAGCGGUAUUCCUUCACCACGUGUUAAAGUGGCUCGACGCCGCGGAGACUCCUGGCGCCUAUGACUGGCUCACCGAGACGCAGAAUCCCGAGGGUCAGUUCCGCAACCCUGGCCUUCUCAUGCUCGAGGAUCAAGUUCUCCUCAGUAUGCUCCAGGGAACGAAGGAGUGCAAGACGAUGCUGAAGCAUAAGCGAGUAUCUUAUUACAACGAGCAGUACGAAUGCUGCCAAUGUGGUUGCGAGAUGCUCGCGAUUCUCUUCCGUGAGGAGAUGAAGUCUCGCGCAGCCGAUCAUCGUGUCUGCCGCAUCUGCGACCUUCGGGUUGAGCUCAAUGGAGAGAGCCACCAUGGCCUUCAUGAUAAGAGAACAAUGCUCAACCGAUUUCUCUACUCGCCCAACGAUACUAAGGACAAGACAGAUCCCAGUGACGAUGAGAUGCAGAGCGUAUCGGCCCCUCCUCGACGCAAUCCCUUCAUCAAAGGAGAGACGAUCAAUGGAACUCAUCGUGAAGAGGCCGUUCUUCAGUACCGAAGCCUGCCCAAGGUUCAAGUCCUUAUCGACGAACGCAGGAACUUUGAUAUUCUCAAUGCUGCGGGACAGGCUGCGAUGUACGAUGCCCAGGAGGCGGGCUGGUGGAAGGCUGGGAUCUUCAAUGAUCACCCAACCAUGACCAAACAGACUCCGUAUACGGAGAUGAGAGUCGCCAACCAGGGCAUGCUUCGCAAGCAGUCCUGGGAAUACGUCAUGUGGAAGAACUACUAUAGGGAUGCCGGCUUGGCCGAGCAGCAGGCGGCGGCAAUGGCAGCUGGCCACGAACCUCCCAAGCCAGCCGGCUUUUGGUGA